AUUGUACGCACCACCCACUGUCUGGCACCAGUCAACAUGUGAAAAAUAUUAAUACACAGCUACUGCACUGAAAUAUUCGUGUAGGCUGCCUAUAUACUCCUACUUCCGUAUGGGUGUGUGCUUCAUGUGGCUAGGAUCACUAUUUUUCCCCCUACGUUACAUAUAACACGGAAAUAUGUAACCCAGGGCCUCUUACAUACUUCUUGACGUUUGGAAAAUAAUCAUUCGAAUUGGUGAUCCCAAAGCUUUGGAAGACGUACUCCCAGUGAUUGACAAUAAUUCACUUGACAGUGCACAUCUAAUUGUUGUCUGCCUGGCACCAGUUUCACAUCGUAGCAUCAUGUCAGUUGCCCACCGCGUAUCUUGGCUGGUACUCGGCAUUCUUCUCGUCUGUCAGGUGCCCGCUUGUUACUCCCAGAACGAGAACGUUCUACGUAAGGGCAUAAUACCCGAUCCACCAUGCAAAUGGACAGAUGUAUCUGGCUUACUCAUGACGUAUGGACCAAAUCCUUCAGCCGAGGGCAAGUACUACCGCACUCUAGAAUUUAUCGAUGGUCAACUCUUCGUGGGGGGUAAAGCUCAACUGUUCGCCGUCGACCCUGCAAACCUAGAUAUGCUUGAUAGCGUUUCCAUUCCAACCACUGGAAGCAGUUUGUGUGAAUUUUGUGAUAACUACAUUCGCGUGAUCCAACCUCUCACCAACAAUACAUUGUUGGAGUGCGGCACGAAUAACAAAGUCCCAUAUUGUCAACAGAGAUCAAUGGGAAAUUUGUCAGUAGCAUCUACUCCGAGGAUCCAAUAUGAUCCCAGCAGUAGUUCUCCCACGUUUGUUGCUCCUUUUACCUACAAUCAGAAUUCUACUGGCUGGUUCCUUACUAAAGAUCUUGAAUUGUUUGUUGGAACCAACCUGGAGUUGUCGGCUGGGGAGUUGUCCAGACCAGCUAUCGUCAAAUCGGUGCUGCAGAGUGACUCCUCCCAGAAUGUGGUUGGUGUUGAGGUGCAACUAAGGACUAAAGAUGAUGAAAGUGUAUUGUCGAAAGAAGGGGGUCCGCCAAAUCCACAGUUUGUAGGAGAUCCCAUCAGCUACAAUGGACGAGUCUAUUUCUUUUUCCGCGAGAUUGCAGUGGAGUUUAUCUCUGAAAGUCUCGUGUAUUCGAGAGUCGCAGUGGUGUGUCAGAAUGAUACAGGGGGUACACCAGACACCGAUUUAAACGAAAACAACAUAGCCACCUUUGUGAAAGCCCGACUAACAUGUUCUAUCGACGGAGCCAUCCCAUACGAUUACAACGAAAUACACGACAUUUACCAGUCAACUGAUGAUGUCAACGUAGUCUUUGCAAUUUUCGCCACACGAGCACCUGUCGUGGCAAGUUCUGCAGUUUGCGCCUACCGUUUGGAUGAGAUUGAGGCACUGUUUCUGAACACCGAGAAUAAGUUCACGUUUCAGGAGAAUAAUGGCGAGAUUUGGAAGGACUUAGCCACGGACCCCAUCACUCCCAGACUAGUAACGUGUCAAAACACAGACAGUUUCAGUUCAACUACCGCACGAAACAUAUUAAGCCAAGGUCAAAUAAUGUCGGUGUCGGCUGAGAACAAGCUGCACUACGAGACGGCAGGGGGCGCUCAAAGCAACCCUCUGUUGGUGAUAGACGGGGAACGUUUCUCACAGAUCGUCGUUGACGAAAACGUCGUCAAUUCCAUAGAUGUCAUGUUCAUCGGAACGGAGAAUGGGGCUGUGCUCAAGGCGUAUUUGAACGCGAACCGAUCCGAAGCGAAAGUCGUGGAGGAGAUUAGCCUGGAUACAGACGGUCGAAAAACCCCGGUGUUGACCAUGCUGUUGAGUGACUCCGAUCAAGCCGUUUUUGUCGGCACCGACAUUGGCGUCUACAAGGUACCAUUCCAACACUGCCAGGAUUCCCCUUCACGCAUGGACUGUUUAGGCACUGAAGAUCCGUACUGCAGAUGGAACGGUACUUCGUGUGUCAACUCUGACGUGGGGGAGCAGGACUUGGAGACAGGAGCUGACAACACCGAGCCUUCAAUCUUAGGCAUCACAGUACACCUGACACCGAACAGUCCAACGAGGUACCUGAACGUCCCGAACCAACCCAUCAACCUGUAUCUUUUCGCCGAGGCACCUACGGGUCAAAACCUUCGCGUGGCCAACGACGAAGUCCAGUGCACACCGUGCGCCAGCCUGCCGUACACCGAGUAUCGAGCCUCCAGCUCUGGCAAAGAGUUCCUGUCCUUGCUCAUCGAUGGAUCGAAUUCUGCGGAGACUACGAACUGCUCCUGUACAGUCGUCUUGGCCAUAGACGGAGGCUCAAACAGUUCGGUCAAUUUUGAUCUCACUGUGGACAAUUCUGCUGCUGUAAGUGCAAAUGAUGACGAGAUCAGCGAUCUGGAGAUUUUCGACAACGAGAUAAGACGAUAUAAAAAGACCCUGCAAAACUGGCAAACACAGGUGGGUGAAUCAUGUGGACUUACCGACGUACAAUUGUGUCAACCGUAACCAUCAACAUUAUGUUACGUCACAGCAUUCCCGUUGACUGAUUGGAUUUGGCCCCAUCACGUGACACGGGACAUUUUGUGAAUAUGUGUGGGUCUGGUUAAAAUUGACAUUUGUCUGCAGUUUUAAGAUACACUACUUACCUUUUAAAGAUCAUACGAUCGCUUGCAUUUUGUUAAGUUUUCCGAAGCAACAUUUCUCAAAGGCUUUAGUAUGACAGAUUAAUAUUACAGCUUACCCGUAAGAGUCAAAUUUUUAGAAUAAAAAAGGAGAAAUUCUCUACUAUAGAUUUUGUUUGAGGGGGUUAUUCCAUAGUGUACACUUCUGAUUCAGGAGUUGCUGUCUCAUGUUUCUCAUGUUUUAAAUUUCAUGCACUCGUGUAAAACCCCUUGAUCAGCACUGGGGACAUGAUUUUCAUUCACUCGUUAAAUACAUGUACAUGAGUAUUUAACGAAAAUUGUCAAAUUAAAAAGAAUGUGCCCUCGGGCACACUUUUUUAACAUCCUGUUGUUUUCUUCCAAACUGUGCUAAUUUCACAUGGUAAACCUUCCUCGUACCAGUUCCGGUAAUCAGCAAAUUCCAAACUUUAUUUAAAUUCCGAAUUUCAACUAAAUAAAGACAAUAUUUGAGAAUAAAAUGUCGAACAUUGGCAGCAACAUUCAUUUUUUUAUACAACGGAAGUUGGAUUCAGAAAAUGACGGGGAUUAAGCAUUUUGAGAUUUUUUUUCCCCAUUUUAUAAUCGUAAGUGACUGUCAAAAAGGUUUAAAACCUCAUGCAUGAGGACUUAGUCGUUUAAACCAAUCUCAACUUAUUAGUUGUUUAUUGUAUAACUCAGUAUACAUGGUGAUUGUUUUUUUAAAAACAUUAUGCAGUGCGUAUCGAUGUAUAAUAGCUUCUCAAUUCUUUAAUGGUGUGUUUGUAAAAGAGAACGAGGUUAGAAGUAAUUUGCCGUAGAGAACAAACACAUUUAAACCAGUUCCUAACUUAUCAUACAUAAUAGUUGAACGUUGUUAUUUAACCCAGUAUAUAGGGCCUAGGUGGUUGUAUUUUUGUUAUAUUAUACACUGCGUAUCAUAUAUCAUAACUUUUUAACUGUUCAGUGGUGUAUUUUGCUAAAAUAAUGUUUAAAAUCUUAUGAGAACUAUUUGUUAGCCAUUAUUAUCAACAUUUUCAGUAUGCUGGAGUGGGGGUUACCGAUCCAUGUACGCUUUUGAAAUUUUGUAAAACUGCCGAUCAAUGGUUUUCAGUAUUUUUUUUGUAAUGGGCUUUCAGAAGCUUCUGUGGUAAACAAAUGCGAAUGCACAAUUAACUCUGGCCGUGUUAGACUCAAGCGAGGCUGGCGUUGCAAGAAGUCUUGCAUGAAAGUCUUGCAUGAAAUCGAUCCAAAUGAUCCCUGCCAGAGCUUAAAAAUGGGACACCGGAAAAUGCAACGCCGAUGGCACACAUUGACAACACCAUACUUUUGGUCAAUUUUCGGGACAGACAGACAGACAGACCGACCACCAAGUGACAUGUAGAAUCUCCUGCCAGAGCUGUACAGAUCUGAUACAUUAAGUUCACAAACAUCGCCUGCAGUUAAAAUAAAUGUGCCAAAUAGCAGCACAUUUAAAUUACACAAUUCCAGGGGUAAGAUCGCGCAAGGCAUGAUUGGAACGAACAUGGCACAGCAAGAUCGUACCCACGGGGAACGAGGUUGCUUUUCAUCCACCACUUUAUGUAUAGGGAUGGCUUGCCUGCGCCCGAACGGCAUCUUCAAGACGUUCCACAACUUAUCGCGACGCUGUGGAUGAACUGCUCGUUCCAGGAUAUCUUUAUAAACUUUUUGUAAAAGUACUAUUUGAGAGAGGUUAGAGCCAGGGGGGUCUGCCAAAAAGAAUACGUUUUGAAAAUGAUAACAGAUGACCCAAGUUAACAGUUUGAGGUGCAGAACAUACUCGUUGAAACCAAUCUCAUCUUUUUGUCUGUACAUAAUGGGCAGGUUGAACGUUGUUUAACGCAGCAUGCAUGGUGUCGGUAUUUUUUCGUUACAAUACAUUACCGGUAUGUUAAUUAUACAUAGCUUUUUUGUGUUGUAUUAAGUUUGUAAGAUUAUGUGUAACGUUCUCAUUCCGCUGUACAUGUGAAGUUAAUUAUUUACGCAGGAUUGAAUAAGUGAAAUAAAGAACAGAACGUAAAUGGAA